AUGGAUACUCCCUCUUCUACUCCUUCGUGGUCUGGUCUUGGCAGAGAUUUGCUCCUCAAUAUCGCUAACUGCCUGGCUUCUCGUGUUGAUCGUCUCUGCCUCCGUGCUGUUUGCCACUCAUGGCGCUCCCUCCUCCCGCCGCCGCCCCAGAGGUCAUCUUCGCCAUCCGAGCUUCCCUUCCCAGCGGGUCCCAACUCUGAACUCAAUCCAAGAAUUCGUCGUUACUUCGACUUUGUUGAAUCCACCAUCUACUGCUUUCAACCCCUCAAGAAAAUAUCAAACAGUUGGAAGACUCCCAAAUGCUGGCUCAUCAAGAUCGAGGAGGCCGAGGAGCUUGGCACAGUUCGCUUCAAAGAUCCUCUCUAUCGGUUUGAUUAUGACUACUACAACUUGUCUCCACGUCUUCCUGAGAGCUUGAAUCUUCUUGACUAUAGGGUUUCUGAGAUAGAUAAAUUUUAUGAGCUUCGAUUUGUGACCACGGGGAAACUACCUGAAGUACAUUCUCCAGACCUUAAAUCUCUCAUCGUUAAGAGAGUUGCUGUGUGUUCUGAGAGUUCUGAUUUUGCCGUUAUGACUAUUCACACGGCUGGCCAUUUGAGUAUUUUGAGAAGGGGCGAUAAGAAAUGGACUCGUAUAAAUGAUGGCCGAGACGGUGCUUGUUAUAACGAUGUUGUUUAUCGCGAUCGCAAGUUCUAUGCUCUGGAUAGCUCUGGUUUUACUAUUUCAGCGGAUUUUUCGUUGAAGAUUACACGGGUUGCACCAGAAAUACCUCCUUGUGACAAGGACCGUUAUCCUGCGGAUGUUUUUCUUGGGCGUUGCGAUUCUGAAGACGACAUUGGUGCUCGUCCCACUUACUUUCAUGUUUAUAAACUGAAAGAGGAAAAGCGCCAAUGGGUUACGCUCAAGACUUUCGAGGAUGCAAGAAGAAUUGCAUUUAAUAUUCCGAAGAUUGCUUCUGUGACGGUCAUAAUGAUGGUAAAAGUCCAGGCCAUGAUGCUGCGUUGUUUGACUUGGAGGACUGUUCCGCUAGGAUGCUUCCAGGAAUGCUUGGCUAUUCUGGACUUUUCUGGCCUCCCCCAGCCUGGGUUGUGUCUGGUGAUGCAAGGGUGA